AUGAAGUUUGUUUCCAUGAGUUGUCUUGUCUUUGCAGCUGUCGUGAGUGCAGCUGCCCAGAUUACUGCUCCCACAAGAAACUAUAAUGUAACAAGCCCUGUGAGCAACGGCCCUUAUGUGAUCGGUCAAAUCUUGCCAUGUACCUACCGUCUCUUUUCUGAUGUGGAUAGCUCAGCUCUCAAUCUCCAAAUUGAUUUGGAAGCGACAACUGUUGGCACAAACACGACGACUAUCCCGAUCGCCAUUACAGCUGAUGUGUCCAAGACAGAUGCAUUUGUGAAACGUGAGGGCAAUUUGACUUAUUUUGAACACUCAAUCAACUUCAAUAUCCCUACCACGGUCAAGCCUGGUAACUACAAUGCUGUCUUUUUCGAUAAAUCGACAAACACAAAGUUGCCAAUUCCCAUUGAGAUUCGUCCUGCCGCAGUUCCUACUUCUACUGGUAUCAAAACCCAAAGCACAGGAGCUCCUGAACAUUCUCAGUCACCUGGCUCUAUUUUUGCUCAAGGCGCUGCUUCCUCGAUUGCUCCGUUGACAACAAAGACAUUAGCUGCUCUAGCUGGCGUUGCUGGUAUUGCAUUUCUACUAUAA